AUGAUAAUGGAACAAAACUUAAAUUAUGAAUGUUCUGAUAAAAACAGAAGGGCAUAUACUAGUACGGGAUAUGGGCCUUAUAUUGAAAACAUUACAGAGGGAAAUUUGCAAAUUUCUCGUUCUAAUAAACACAUAAAUAUUGAUGAUAUUGGAAAUAUUGGCUCUCAAAAAUUGAUUUGUGAGAAUUCAACUGGCUUUAACAGCAAUCAUGAUAUUAAUAACAUGUAUGACUCAGUAAAUGUUACAAAUUUAUAUUUGGACUCUAGAGAAUCAGGCUCAUUGUCAACCAUUAGGAGAAGUUCCAUGAGAGGAAGAAGGAGGUAUAGAAGAACUUUGUUGAGGAAUUAUGAGCAGCCACUUGGACAAAACUCUCACGGGAAUCAUUUAUAUUUAGAACAGUGUGAUGGCAUUGACUUAAAUCAUCAAAAGCGUCUGUAUUUAAAGAAUCCAAAUAUUGGGGUAGUAAAUGGAGGAAUUAACUAUUCUAGUUUUAAGUUUAAUAACAAUUUUGACAAUUACUCAAAAACUUCAAAGCCUUCCUGGGAUGGAGGCAGGCUAGUAAAACUAUUACAAGGACAUGGUCUAAAUAUAGAAGAUUACGAAAAAGAAAACGAAUAUCACUUAAACAAAAAUUGGAGUUCCAAACAAGUAAAUAAUAAAAACAACCAAUUAGGCUGCAUGAGUAAUAAUAAGGAAGUUAACACUUCUACAGUUGUAAGCGAGCAAAAAUAUGUUCAAUUAAGCCAAAUCGAUUGUGGGGUUAAUUUACAACUAUGUGAAAUCUCUGAUCAACAAAAAAUAAUAGGCACAAAGUAUCUACAUAAUUUUCCUCCGUAUACAAAUAAUCGAAGCGAUAGCUUUAAGUUAUGCCAAAAAGACGAUAUCUUAAUUCGCGAAGGAAGCCCAUUAAGCCGGAUCAACAAUAUGGAAAAACAAAUAUCUAUGCAAGACCGUCUUACAGAAGGUGAUACAAUAUCCAACGAAAGCUUUGAAACUCCAAGAACUGAUCAAUUUUCAUUAGUUUCCUCUUUCGAUAAUCAAUCCUUAGUGAGACCAAACCAAAAUAUUGAGGAUAACAAUCAUUUAAUUGGCACUAACUAUCAAAAUUCUUCAAGUAGUUUCUAUGGAAAUCCUAAAGAAUUAUAUGUUAAUUCUGAGAGAAAUUACGGUAUCAAUUCUACUAUCCCUAGUGUAGAAAAACGAGAAGUAAGUAUUAUUAAUCAACAUCUAUUCAACACAGAAGAACACGAAGGCGAGUUGGCUUCACACCUUUCUUAUUAUAGUUUUAAUCCUUCUUUUUAUAACAUUUCUCAUGAGGAGCUUUUUGUAACUCUCGGAGAUACCCCAACAUCAAAAUCUAGUUACAAUUUGUCAACUCUUUUCGUUCCAAAUCAAGAUUCAUAA